AUGCUGAUGCCUAACCUCUAUGGCAACAUCAUCGGCAAUAUCGCUUGCGGAAUUACUGGAGGCCCUGGAAUGUCAUCAGGAAUGAAUCUCGGUGACCGCCAUGCCGUUUUUGAGACGGGAACUCGUAAUACUGGCACCAGCUUGAAGGGACAAGACGUUGCCAAUCCUACUGCUUUUAUUCGAGCUGGUAUUGAUAUGCUACGCUACCUUGGCUGUGACAAACACGCUGACCUCAUCUCUGAUGCCCUCUGGAAAACCAUAGCCGUCGAUCUCUUCCAUACCAAAGAUAUUCAAGGCGAAAAGAAGGCCAGCGAAAUCGUCGACCAGACCCUCCGAAACAUCACAGCCAUCCAGCGACAGCAA